AUGUCACACCAUGAUCUGCAUCCCAACACCAAUGAGAGGGAAUCACCUCGUCAACUCCGCGUAGAGAAUGAUCUUGAAAAAGUGUCCAACUAUGCCAUUCUCACCCAGUGCCUUUCGCUAAACCUAGUCAUUUUGACUUCAUCUUCCUUCGCUCGCCUGAUUCAAGAGGCUCGUACUCGCCCGGAGCUUCAGAGCAUCAACGAGAUUGGAGUUGGGCUACAAGGGGCCGUGUUUGAGCAAGUGGGAGAGCGCCUAGUUUUCAAAAAGGAAAAGCCGGAGAACGAAAAUCUGCCCUCUAAUCUACAAAAUGAAUAUCAAAUGCAUUCUGCAGUCUCCGAUGCGUUCCAGUGUUACGGCGCGACAACUUCCUGUCGUGUCCGAGUUCCUCGAGCCUACGAAUUUAUUUCGAGGGCCAAAGAGGAUCAGUUCUGGAACGAUGUUUUCCCUACGAUCCCAUCUGCCUACCAAGAAUAUGGAGAUGUAGUGAAAAUGGAACGAAUUUUGCCUCUUCCCAAGGUUGUGCGAAAGGCUCUGCUAGCGCAUUUUUAUGGCUCUCCGGGGCAGCUGGACUCAACCGAGCUCGAACGCGCUCUUGGCAACACCAAGAAUAAGCAUUGCCUCGCACGAGUGUAUUUGGGCCAGACUACCGGUCCAAUCGCCCGAGAUUCGAUCUCGUUGAGGAACUUUCCUCUCUAUCUGAACACUAUGAAUGACUUUGUCAUGGAUGUCAAAACCUUGGCAAAGGAAGUUGGCAAAGCAUAUGCUAUCAUGCACUGGUCUGCCUGUGUCAACAGUGAUGAUGUGGAGUUCGUCCUCGGAACUUCCAUCGUUCAAAGACAAGGUUCAGAUGCUGAACCACUUGGACUCCAGCAUCGAAGGGUGGGGCUUUAUUUGCUCGAUUUUGGGCAAUGCGAGAAGGUUGAUCUCUGGCAGGAACCGGAUGUGGUAUAUCAAGCAUUCAAAGGUGCUAUGGUUACCGGUGACAAUCGCCUUUUUAUUCCCAAUUGCCAAUCAACCCCCGAUCUCUUUGCUGAAUUCAGAAGUGGUUACUGUGAGGCUGGUGAGCUAAUCUUGGCGGAGCGGAAGCUGGAAGAUAGAUUUGACAUGGAAGAUUUUAUGCGCGAGUACGAGGAGUAUGCCGGGGAUUUUCUUUGA